AUGCCGUCCAAGAAGGAGCACGAAUCGAUCGAAUCCGGCGGCCAUGGAUCGGAGUCCACGAAGGACGACAUAGACGAGGCGAUGACACAGCAGACGGAGCCGAGUCCACCAGCCGACCAAGCCAGCGCCGGCGACGAUCUGCUCAGCGGCCUCUGCGACGACGUGCUCGUGCACAUCCUCGGGCUUGCGGAACACGCGGGCGACGCGGUGCGCACGGGCGCGCUCUCGCGCCGGUGGCGCGGCCUCUGGCGGCGCGCCCCCGCGCUCCGCUUCGCCUCAGGGCGGUGGUUCGAGCACGGCGGGAGAGCCCAUGGAUUCAUCGCCUCCGUCGACGACACCCUCGCGCUCCGCGCGCGAUCCGGCCACGGCCGCCUCGAGGAGCUGGAGAUCCGCUUCCUCAUGUGGGACUACGCGUUCUGCGAACACAAACAGCAGCUCGUGCCGUCGUCCGUCGGAGCAGCGGAGAGGUGGAUUCGCCAUGUUGAAUUCCAGAAUUCAGCUUUGAGGCCAUCGCCAAUAGUGACCAUUGUGCUGGCUCUGGACAUCGACAUAAUCAAAGGCAGGAUACCACAACUCGAUCACGUGCGAUCUUUGAAGGCUCGUAUUAUUCCUUCAGCGAGGAAUCUGAACCUGCAUUCCUUUGGGGAUUGUGUAGCAAGCCUCCUCACAGCAUUCAAGAAUCUUAGAUACCUCCGCCUAGACAUCGCUUGCUUCCACAUCAAGGAGGUGCAAUCAGUUCCGAAGUCAAAUUUCAUAUGCGACCACUGGGAAUCCCAUAAAAUCUCGUUCAUUCACCUCAUGAAAGCAGAUUUUAGGGGAGUAACCGGAACCGAUUGUGAACUCUGGUUCUUGCAGUACGUGCUCUAA